UAAUUCUGCUAAAAUACACGCUUGGUGUACAUCUUCUUGCAGCCCAAGGACUUGCCAAGCCGCCACCAUUUCAUUUGGUUGAAAGGUCUUUCUUUUCUAUUCUGUGGAAUUGGAGUUUGAUAAAAAUGGCGGCUUCCAACUCAGAAAAUGAUUCAAAAAAUGAAAUUCCAAGCUCAAGUGAAGCGGAGCAGCCUCAGUUCCAGGCUAUUCGAAUGCCAACUAUGGAGGAAAUUCGUGCUCAAGAAGUUUGGAAUAAUUGUGCUGUUCGUAGUGUCGUUAGCGGAGUCAUGGUUGUUGUAAUAUUUGCAGGAGGUGGACUUGGAUUCUUCAUGGGCAUGUUUUUGGGUGCAUUGGAUAAUCCUAUAAUGCAAGAUGAAAUGACUGGUAGGCAACAAUUCGUUUAUAACGUAAAGCAAAUGGGGCGAAGAAGCUUGAGUUCUGCAAAAGCAUUUGCAGUUAUGGGCUUAGUUUUCUCUGCUGUUGAGUGUGUUGUUGAGAAGGCUCGGGCAAAACAUGACACCACAAAUACUGUUGUUGCCGGUUGUGUAACUGGGGGAACUAUGUCUGCAAGAGGGGGUCCGAAAGCGGCAUGCGCUGGUUGUGCCGGCUUUGCAGCAUUCUCAGUUCUAAUAGAGAAGUUUUUUGAUAGACAUACUUAAUGGGAUAGUUAACCUGCUCCAGUUUUACGGACAUCAAUUUAUUUAGUUCUAGACAGAAGUCAUAGCUCAUCUGCUGAAUUUAUCAUUUCUUUUAUGCAAUUUUACCUGAUUCAAAACCAACCCUAAUAACAAGGGAAGGGAUUAUGUCAUCAGAAACUCUAGUUAAAUUCUUGUGUGUUUCGAUUUUUGGUUCACUACAUUUCAAUCAGAAGAUAUACACCCAAAAAUGUAUUUGAUCGGACCUCGGAUAUGUUUUUAUUGCUUGAUGAUUGAUUAAGAGCUUAUCUUAUACUGGAGUUAGGGAUGUAGCCAAGUAGAACCGAGUCAAUACAAUGAGAAAUUUGAAUUUGAUUCAAAACUCGGUUCGAGUUAGACUAAAUUUUAA